ACAUGCAGGGGAAGGAGGGAGGAAGAAAUUGCUUCACUUCACAAAGUGCUGGAUUCAAAUGGAAUCGCUCCUGCUGGUUCUUUGCCCAUGACGCUAAGGCUUUGCCGUCCAGCUUGAGAAACGAUUUCUGUUCCCAAAAGUGACGUCCCCCGCACCACCAUCUUGCUUGCUGCUGCUGCUUUAGAAGAGGGAGGGUGGAAAUUUCAGCGCUUGUUCCCAGGAGAAGCGAGGAGGUGUAUCUAGACAUGCCCAAUUCAAAAACGAGUCCGAGUGAUGAGGGGGACAAGACUGCAAAACGAAGUCUUCCUUCCUGGAUGACUUCCAAACACAAAGGGAGUUCCAGGAAUGGCAAGAAAGCAGCUGGUUCUGGUGAAGAUGAAGACAAUGAAGAAAACGAGAGGCCUGAACAAGACAAAGGGCUUGAUGGAGAACUCAUGAGCAGUACACUGGCCAAGAAAUCUGAAAGCGGCGGGAAACCUUCUUCAUCGAGCUUGGACACCUUGCAAUUUUCCAAAUUUCUGGAGGGCGUGGUUUUUGUCUUAUCGGGUUUCGUCAAUCCAGAGCGCAGUACGUUGCGAUCCCAGGCCCUUGAAAUGGGAGCAGAAUAUCAGCCUGACUGGAACUCUGAUUGCACACUACUAAUUUGUGCUUUUCUGAACACUCCAAAGUUUCGACAAGUCGAGGCAAACAAUGGAACAAUUGUUGCAAAGGAGUGGAUAACGGAGUGCUACACCCAGAGAAAACUAGUCGACAUCGAAAGCUAUUUAAUGCAUGCUGGAAAACCAUGGAGAAGGAGUAUUUCAGAUAAAUCUGGCAGAGGUUCAGAGAUUUCACCAAGUAGAGGUUAUUGUAAGCACGUUGAGAAAAGAUCACAGUCCAGACAAUCAACUGCUGCCUCCUCCAAGAAGGCUAGUUCUAAUGUUACUGAGGACUUAUUGAUUCCUUCAAAAGUGAAGAGCUGGGCUAUUAUUGAUCUGAGCAGAACAACCACAUGGCUGGAAAGUCAAGAAGAAAAGCCUCCAGCAGAUGAGAUAAAGAAAAUAGCAGCUGAAGGGAUAUUAACUUGCUUACAAGAUGCAGUUGAUGCCCUUGAGCAAAAUCAGGAUGUCCAACGAAUUAUUGAACAGUGGAACAUCGUUCCUCGCGUGGUGGAGGAGCUGAUUAAGCUUGAGGGGUCUGGAAAUACUGCUACUUCUAUCUCAAAUGCAAAUCUCCACAGAAAGGCCGUGGACUGUAAGCAAAUUUAUGAAGCAGAAUACAGUCAUUUGGAACAUGAUGCUUCAAUGAAGCGAAAGAAGCCUAGCACUGAUGAUCGGAAAUCCAAAGGGAAAAAGGAAGCCAUCUCUGCUGAUGCAGCGGCUGGAUACGAGAGCGACGAGACCAUCGAAAUGACCGAAGAAGAAAUAGAACUCGCAUACAACACAGUGGCUGCUGAAGUUCCAGAAUUUUGAGUAUUAACUGGAUCUGGUUUGUUUUAAUGGUGUAGAUUUUGCGACUAAUAGCUAGCUACAUCGUAUUUAGUGGCAAGUUUCGCCUUAUUCUAGGUUUGCUAGCAGCUGUCUCCUUCCUUCCCGAAUGGUAAAUUUCUGUUGAAGGUGUUCUCAGUUAAGAAGUCUCUCUACAUGCUGAAACAGCAUGAUGCAGCAUAAGUGAUAUUAGGAUUCAAUCGGACUAAUUGCCGAUUCGAGCUCCAUUGUUAGCUUCAGCCUUAUUGAAGAUGACCUAUCUA